AUGUUCAAACCAUUCCGGCCUCCACUCUUAAAGAGCGUGCCGAAACCUUCUAAGCCGGUCGAUGAGUUCUCAGAUGUCCAGGUCGUAUCAGAUUCCGAGGAAGAAAUUUUGACUAAACCGGUGGCAAAGAAGAGACGGCUUCUGAUUCACAAUGUUGAAGAGGCUCCAAAGAUUAAGGCUCCGAUUGCAUCUUCGGCUGCCAAUGCGCCUCGAAAACCUUUGAUGGUUGUAAAGAAUCCUGUCGAAGCAACUCAAGCCCCUACUUCAUCAGAAAAUCCAACUAGCAUUGACGGAUACUAUUUGGUAUUAUGGCGCAAAUUCACGAUGAAGAAACACAAGACCUGGGAUGGGGAUGGAGUACUUGCAGUUACCGGAGGGUACGCUCGACUCCAAAAUAUCGAUGGCAGAGAUAUGGGCCGCUGCAUGUAUAAUGAGCCUUUGUUACCCGGCAGUACAUUGAGCAUUGGAGGGAAGGAUGUCGAGAUUGAUGCAGCCAUUACAAAGGCAGAUUUUCUUUCUGGCCGACACUUUCUAAAUAAUGGUGGUCAAUCUACUACAUCAGACAGUCAUAGCAGUCCAGCCGCACGAUCUCCGCCUAAUCUAACCCUAUCAAAUAUAUCGAAAAACAAAUCUACGAGCAUACUUGGGAAGAGAAAGGAUGGUGGCUUAGGCUCGGCAAUUCCUGCCAAAAGUUUUUAUGCCUCUGCUCCGAAAAGUGAUGCAGUCAAAUCCCAAUUCAAAAAUCCUCUUCUAACAACGACAAUCAUGCCACAGAAUAAAAGCGGUGCGCCCACUCCCCGGCAUGAUCCCUCUGCACCAGGAGCGAUUGUAAUGCAACAGCCCAAUCCCAAGUGUGUUGCGAAAGGCAAGCAAGUUGUGGAUGUUGUCGUCGAUCCCUUCUUGGGUCGCCAUCUACGUGAUCAUCAAAAGGAGGGAGUUAAGUUUUUGUACGAGUGCGUUAUGGGCUACCGUUCCUUCAAUGGACAGGGUGCAAUUUUAGCUGAUGAGAUGGGCCUGGGAAAGACACUACAGACAAUUGCGCUGUUAUGGACGUUAUUGAAGCAAAAUCCGGAGCACCCACACGAGGGGGGCGUCAUAAAGAAGGCCUUGAUUGUCUGUCCCGUAACUCUUAUCUCUAAUUGGAAAGCAGAAUUCAACAAGUGGCUCGGUAAUGAAAGAAUAGGCGUUUUCGUUGCAGAUGGAUCCAAAAACAUUCGGCUUACCGAUUUCACUCACGGCAAGAGUUAUAGCGUCAUGAUCAUCGGGUAUGAAAAACUACGCACAGUACAGGAAGAGUUAAAGAAAGGAGGUGGAAUAGAUAUAGUCGUAGCUGAUGAAGGACAUCGCUUAAAGACUGCUGCGAACAAAUCGGCGCAGGCAAUCAAGAAUUUGAAUACCGAGAGACGAGUCAUUUUAUCUGGAACACCUAUACAAAAUGAUUUAUCAGAGUUCUUUACAAUGGUAGACUUUGUAAACCCCGGUCUACUCAAUGGCUACAAUACUUUCAAAAAAUGUUUCGAGGCCCCAAUCUUGAAAAGCAGACAGCCAGGUGCUACAGAGAGCGACAUGGAGAAGGGAACGGCCCGAGAAGAGGAGUUGGCCGAGUUGACAAAGUUGUUUAUAUUACGUCGCAACGCCAGCAUACUUUCAAAAUACUUAAAGCCAAAGACAGAAUAUGUAUUGUUCUGCAAGCCCACUCAAGCUCAGGCUGAAGUUUAUCAGCAUGUCCUAGCCUCUCCGGUCUUUGGCAGAGUCCUUGGCAGCUCAGAGGCCUCUCUACAGCUUAUCACUAUGCUCAAGAAAGUCUGCAACGCUCCGAGCCUCCUUGUCAAAAAGAGCGAUACAGAUACACCUAGCAAUUCGAACGUUGCUCAGCUUUUAGAAAGCAUACCUCCCGAGAUUCUCAAGAAAAAUCCAGUCGUGGCAAGCAGUAAAUUCAGAGUUUUAAAUCGUAUGCUCCUGCGGCUUUCGAAGUCAACCACCGAAAAGAUAGUUCUUGUCUCCAACUACACUUCUACUCUCGACCUGCUAAUGUCACACCUUUCGUCAUUAAAUUUACCUUUUCUGCGCCUCGAUGGUAGCACUCCUCAGGCAAAACGACAGGAUCUAGUAAAUACGUUCAACAAGACACCUGCAUCAAAAUAUUUUGCCUUUCUCCUUUCGGCUAAAUCCGGCGGUGCUGGUAUAAAUCUAAUUGGAGCAUCACGCCUCGUAUUGUUUGACGUUGACUGGAAUCCUGCUACUGACCUUCAAGCCAUGGCACGUAUCCAUCGCGACGGGCAAAAGCGUCCAGUCAAGAUAUACAGGUUUCUAAUGUCGGGAGGCAUGGAUGAAAAGAUAUAUCAACGACAAGUUACUAAGAUGGGACUCGCCGACAGUGUUAUGGAUGGCAAGAAGAACGAAGCAAGUUUUUCAGCUGAUGAGUUACGAGACCUCUUUAGAUUAGAUGUAAAUGCGCAAUGCCAAACUCACGAGCUUUUGGGUUGCGAUUGUGGAGGAGUUGGUCGCGAGGAGCCAGUUGUAUCAUCAUCUGAGAUGCCGGAGCCCAAUAAAGAGAUCAGCGCCAGUGAAGAGGAUGAAGAGGACGACGAUGAUGAUGAAUUCCCUAUCAAUCCAGCUUGUUCACUGGUGCCAGCAACCAAAGCAAAUGUAGAGGCCCAGCAAAAGAUUGCUCUUGAAGCCACUAAAGGAAAACGAUCCAAGAAAGGCAAGAAGAUGCAAGCGUUAAUGGAGUAUAGACACAUUGAUACUUCGAUGUUCCAUAUCAAAUCGGCGGAUUUGAUUGCUACAGAGGUAAAGGACGUGAAACAGUCCCUAGAUGACGACGUCUUACUUUCAGUCCUAGAGGAUGAAAGAUGUAAAGUUUGCUAUGUUUUUGCUAAGAAGGGAUAG